UUACGCGGCAAAUUUGUAUAUAAAUUAUUGGAGGGUUAGGGUUGAUAAUGAGCAAUCGAGGAAGAUUUUGGCGUGGACGUGGUUAUAAUCGUUUUGGAACUCGUGGCCGGGGAUGGGGCUCCAGCAGAGGAACCGGCAGAGGCGCUAGUGCAGAAAGUAGCAACUUGUGUCAUCCCAAACGCACCAGCAAUCAACACUGUCACACAGCACCUGUACCUGUACCAACAGACUGUCCCUUCAAAGCAUGGGAUCUGUAUUUUGCAUCCACAGUGUACACGCCGUUGUCUAACGAAAAAAUAUUAGUGUGUGCAUUUGAAGAGUAUUUUAGGAGAGAAGUCGACGAGUGGCAUUUGGAUGAGAUAGAGAGGAAACGAGCAAUACAAGUUGACUUCGCUACUUUGAUUUGUAACGAAGGUCUUCUCAAUGAUGUUCCCAAUUUUUCCACAAUCACUCGCAAUAGCCCUGACUUAAUUCUCAACUCAAUGGGACUUGCAGUUUACCAGGUUAUAGCUUCACGACUCAGUGGGCUUGAGUAUACGUCUUCUUUCCCUAAAGUAAAUGUUCGAUUGGUUAACUAUGAACCAAUUACUUCAUUAAAGCACUUGAAGGCGUCGCAGUAUGGCAAACUUGUAACGAUUAGAGGAACAGCUGUUCGUGUUGGAAACGUCAAGCCACUUGUUACUCAAAUGGCAUUUCAAUGCAAUGCAUGCAGUAGCAUGCAAGUUCAGUCAUUACAAGACGGCAAGUAUACCACACCAACUAAGUGUGAGAACUCUUGCCGCACGCGAUCGUUCACACCACUACGAAGCUCACAAGAGACUCAAACAAUUGACUGGCAGAUAGUGAGAGUUCAAGAAAUAAUGAGCGACGACAACAGAGAAGCAGGACGCAUACCGAGAUCAGUGGAAUGUGAAUUGACGGCAGAUUUGGUUGACAGCUGUGUGCCUGGAGAUUUAGUUACAGUGACUGCAAUUGUUAAAGCUACAGGCAGUGAUGAGGGGCGUGGGCGUGGCAACAAGGAUAAGUGUAUGUUUCUUAUUUAUUUGUCUGCCGUUUCUGUGACGACCAGUCGUGGACAAGGAACGGGACAGGGACCUCACAUGGAGUUCUCUUCGAAGGACUACUCUGCCAUUCAAGAGAUCCAAGGAGACAGCAAUGUCUUGAGAUUGCUAGUUGGGUCACUCUGUCCUGCUAUUUAUGGUCAUGAACUGGUAAAGGCAGGACUUGUGUUGGGAUUGUUUGGAGGAUGUCCCAAGUUCUUACACAACCAGAAUUGUAUUCCUGUGAGAGGAGAUCUUCACAUUCUCGUUGUGGGUGACCCGGGUUUGGGAAAGAGCCAGAUGCUGCAGUCUGCAGCAAACAUUGCACCUCGUGGCGUCUAUGUUUGUGGCAACACAACCACAACAUCCGGCCUGACUGUAACUCUUUCAAAAGACGGAGCAUCAGGAGAUUAUGCACUGGAGGCUGGAGCUUUAGUGUUAGCAGACAUGGGAUGCUGUUGUAUUGAUGAGUUCGACAAGAUGGGAAGUCAGCACCAAGCACUGCUGGAAGCAAUGGAGCAGCAGAGUAUUAGUAUUGCAAAGGCUGGCAUUGUGUGCAGUCUUCCUGCAAGGACAUCAAUUUUAGCGGCCGCCAAUCCCGCAGGUGGUCACUACAACAAGGCCAAGACAGUGGCAGAAAAUCUCAGGAUGGGCAGUGCUCUUCUCUCACGGUUUGACUUGGUGUUUAUCCUACUCGACAAACCCGAUGAGGAGAUGGACACAAUGCUGUCAGAGCAUGUCAUGGCUUUGCAUUCAGGAAAGAAAAAUUCAGUUGGAGGGUUGGUCAAGAGCAAGGCAGCAUCUGUUUUGGAGUUGAGAGGUGAUGACGAUGCGUAUCGGGAAUGGGAGAAACAGAAACCACUGUCUGAACGAUUAAAGUUUUUGGGCAGCGAAUUUGCCGAUCUGCUUCCUCAUUGUCUGUUUAGGAAGUAUGUUGGAUAUGCAAGACGGUACGUUCAUCCCAAACUGUCACCAGAGGCAGCUGGGAUAUUGCAGUCAUUCUAUUUGGAGCUUCGUCAACGUUAUCACAGUUCAGACAGCACUCCUAUUACAACACGACAGUUAGAGUCACUCAUUCGCCUCACAGAAGCACGAGCUCGUAUUGAACUAAGAGAAGUAGCUACGAAAGAAGAUGCUGAAGAUAUUGUGGAAAUCAUGAAAUAUAGUAUGAUUGACACGUACUCAGACGACUUUGGAGUACUCGACUUCAACCGAUCACAGCACGGGUCUGGAAUGAGCAGUCGAAAUCAGGCUAAACGAUUUGUUGCUGCUUUGAAUAGAGUGACUGAGAGGACGACCAACUCGUUGUUUUCUGUACAGCAGAUGAGGCAAAUUGCAAAGGACAUGAGACUUCAGAUUACGAAUUUUGAUGAUUUCAUUGCUUCUCUCAACUGUCAGAAUUUCUUGUUACAAAAAGGUCCCCGUGUCUACCAAAUCCAAACGUCCAACUGUUUCUAACCUCUGACACCACAGUAUCAUAGUUGAUAUCAAUGAUAACUUAGUGCAAAUGUACAUUCUGUAGCAAAUUAAUACCAGAUAGCAAAUUAGUUAUAAUAUAUUUGUUGGCUGCAAGAACAUUUGGCCUUGUUAUUUGCAUCGCUUUCUGUGCUUCAAAUAUUUUUUGUCAAU